AUGGCGGAUUAUAGUCAAUUUCCGUCUCCAACCGGCCAUGGUAUGGCACGCCCCCAUCUUGUCAAACUGAACCUCAUCAUCCUUUCUCUUCUCAUGUAUUCGGGCUCUCAAGGAUACGACGGGUCUUUAAUGAACUGCUUGCAAACCUUAACCCAGUGGCAGAUAUUCAUGAAUUAUCCAGUUGGAACGUGGCUGGGAUUCAUCAAUGCCUUACCUACCAUUGGUUCCUUGGUGUUUUUACCAGCCCAAGCAUGGGUUUCCGAUCGACUGGGUAGGCGGGUGAGUCUUUGGGUUGGGAUCUUGUUCUCAAUUAUAGGGGCCGGUGUUCAAGCUAGCGCACACUCACCUGGCACUUUCAUUGUCGGUCGACUCUUCAUCGGUAUCUCCACGGCAUGGUUCGCCGCCUCGGCGGUCCUUAUUACCGAGAUCGCAUACCCGUCCCAUCGAGCGAAGUGUACCGCAUUAUACAACUGCCAGUUUUAUGUGGGAAGCGUCAUAGCGGCCUGGGUCACCUAUGGUGUACGAAAUAUGGAGGGAUCCUGGGCAUGGCGAAUCCCUUCCCUUCUCCAAAUAGCCAUUCCUAUUCUAGCUCUCUCGGGCACCAUCUUCGCACCGGAAUCUCCUCGAUGGCUGGUGGCCAAUGAUCGAUCAGAUGAGGCUCAGGCAAUCAUUGCAAAAUACCAUGCUGGCGGACCCCUCGAUGAUCCACGGGUCCUAUUCGAGAUAAAUGAGAUAAAGCAAUCGAUUUUGACGGAGCUCGAGGCGAUGAGAACAACCACAUACGGUGAUAUGGUCCGAACAAAAGGUAAUAGACGCCGUAUGUUUAUCACGAUCACGCUUGGGGUAUUCGGUCAAUGGGUCGGCAAUGGAGUCGUUUCCUUUUAUCUAUCACUUAUCCUGAGCACGGUUGGGAUAACUUCUGUCACUCAGCAAACCCUUCUCAAUGGAUUCUUGAAUGUCUGGAACCUCUUUAUGUCCGUUGGGGCCGCUUUGAUGGUCGAUAACAUCGGUCGACGAAAGCUCUUCUUCAGCUCCGGUAUCAUUAUGCUGCUAAGCUACGUUAUCAUUACCGCUCUAUCUGCUGAAUUUGCAAAUCAUGGCACCAAAGCAGUGGGCACAGCUGUCAUCCCAUUUCUGUUCAUAUUCUUCGGGGGCUUCGAUAUCGGUUUCACCCCGCUCGUCAUCGCAUAUACUGCCGAGAUCUGGCCAUUCUCAUUCAGGGCCCGAGGCGUUGCGAUUUGCCUAUGGUCGACUUCAGCAGCAGGGCUCUUCAAUAUAUUUGUCAAUCCUAUUGCUCUUGCGGCCAUCCAGUGGAGAUAUUAUGUGAUUUUCAUCGCCGUUCAGCUCCUAUGGUUAAUUGCCGUAUACUUCCGGUAUCCGGAAACCAGGGCAUAUACGCUGGAGGAGAUGACAAUCGUUUUCGAUGGCGAAGGUGACAAGACUAAAGCUGUUAAUAACGAGAUUCAGGUCAAGGAAGCUAGCUUUGCGCACAAUGAGAAUAUCUAA